AUGGUCAGCUCUGGAGCGUUGGUGCAGCGUGCGCGCUGUUGCCACCGCCUGACCUUCUUUCCCGCGGAUCUUGCCUCAAAGAAAGCCGGCUGGAGCAGCUUGCGCCUCCGCAUGACCUCCGGGGGAAACUGGUCGCUUAGGGCAAGCUUCGACCCUUUGAGCUGUUUGGCAUUCCCCAUGAUCAUGGAUUUAUGCCUGGGGUCCAGGAGUUUGGCCACGAUGGGACGACUUCGGGAUGCCCCCUCGCGCUGGGGUCCUAGGCGAGCAAUGUUUGAGCGCUGGGCUCCUGCGGAGCAAAGAGCCUUCCCUCUCGGAGGCCUCAGUCCUCACAUCAUGUCUCUGCUGCUUGAAUGGAUCUACACAGCCUCUGUAGACCUUAGCUUGGACACCGUCCAGGAGCUGGUGAUGGCUGCAGAUAUGCUGCUGCUGGAAGAUCUGGUUCAGAUUUGCUUCGACUACAUGCUGGAGCACCUGAAUGUGCACAGCUGCAUCAGUGUCUGGCACCUCGCAGAUGUGGUACUUUCAGCUCAAACGAGGGAGGUGUGUCGCUGGUUCAUCCUGAAGCACUUUGAGGAAGUUAUGGUCUGCGAGGAAUUUCAGCAGCUCACAGCGGAGGAGUUGAGUGACUUUCUAGAAGACGAUGGACUGCAUGUGGAAGAGGAAAUCACAGUGUUCCAGGCCAUUGUACAGUGGGUACAACACGACCUCAAGUGCCGCAAAGGCCACUAUAACAUGCUGCUGCCCACGAUUCGGUAUUCUCUGAUGCCGUAUAAUGUAAUCAAGAACCAUAUCCUGAAUCAUCCAUUGACAGGCAGCCUGUACAGCCUGGUGACUGUACACAGAAACCUCUUCCUCAACAACGAACUACCCCUGCGGCCACGACAACCUGAGUCAGUCCUGUUGGCCAUCGGAGGCUGUAGCGAAGGCGACGCGACCAAUGCCAUCGAAGCUUACAACUACAAGACGGAUUUCUGGACGAAUAUCUCGUCGCAGGAGGAAAACCCGCGCGCUCAUCACGGAUCUAUCGUUGUCGACGGGUUCCUCUACUGCCUGGGAGGCUUCAACAGGACGGAGCGCUUCAAUACCAUGCGUAGGCUGGAUCUGGCAACCUUCACAUGGUCUGAGAUGCCACCUAUGUACGAGCGACGCUGCUAUGUGAGCGUGACUGAGCUGAACGGACGCAUCUAUGCGCUGGGCGGAUACAACGGCCAAUCGCGAUUGAACACGGCUGAAGUGUUUGACCUCCGCUCCAACCAGUGGUCGAUGAUUGCUCCCAUGAACGAGCAGCGAAGUGACGCCUGCUGUGCUACGCUCAAUGGAGUUAUCUACAUUUGUGGAGGCUUCAAUGGCACGGAUUGUUUGCAGACAGUCGAACGCUACAGCAUAGAGUCAAACCAGUGGACGCCCAUCGCCCCAAUGAGCGUCCCACGCACCGGCGUCCGUGUGGUCGCUUUUUCCAACCUCAUCUACGCAGUUGGCGGCUUUGAUGGGGUUCAGCGCUUACGCAGCACAGAGGUCUACGACCCGCACGCCGACUCCUGGCAGCAGCUGGCGGGCAUGACACUCUCCCGUAGUAAUUUUGGCAUCGAGGUUGUAAACAAGCGCAUCUUUGCCGUGGGCGGUUACAACGGCGUCAGCACCACGCACGAAGCAGAGGCCUAUGACCCCACGGAAGACAGCUGGACCCAGGUGCAUCACAUGGCCAUCCACCGGAGUGCUCUGGACUGUUGUGUGGUCCCCGUCUUUCCAAACAUCAGCGAUUCCAUCAUGCCCCCCACCGUGUCAGACCUCUGCUGA